CGCAACGAACUGAAGUUAUGGUAUGUUACUGAUAAGGAAAUUGGUUGUUUGUGUUUAUUCUGAGGUUUGCUUUUGGGGAUUGGGACGAUUCGGGAGCAUACAUACUGAUUACCAUACGGGUCGAGUCUCGUUAGUAUUCUGGGCGCAUUGACGCUGACACGGUGACAGUGAUUGGUGCUUCAGUUGAGAUUUGCAGUCGAACCAUGAAGUGCGCAUCCAUUUUCUUGCUGCUCGCUGGUCUAUUUGUAGUCAGCACAACUACUGACGGCCGGCCAGCGGAUGGUCAUCGUUUGCUGGAUACCUUACAUCGUGUACGCAGGCAGCAAGGUCCGGUGAACUAUGGUUUUCCUACCUUUCCUUCCUGGGGAAGCAAUCAAGGACCUGGCCAAAGCGGUCUAUUCAGUCGGGGCGAUUUUGAUAUGAUGCCAGAUAUCUCGCAGUUACAGCAGGGCCACACGUGGUCCUCCAGAAGCUGUGUUUAUGACAAAAAUGGAAAGGAGAAGUGCGUUGAAAAGCAUGGUGAUAAGCCGUGAGCAGACUACGUCAUUGAAGUGAGAGUAUAUUCAGCAUGAAAGCUGUUAUGAAUUAAUUGCGUAAUAAACAUGGAUUAGAGUGUAUCAUU